AUGGGUUAUUGCGCGGCCCUGAACUGCCACAACGCCUCGAGCGGGAUCUACAAGAACAGCUCGGUCAGUUUUUAUGGAUUCCCCCUACAAAACAAAGCCCUGCUGAGGCAGUGGAUCCAAAACAUGGGCAGGGACAUGGAGACCCCCUCCAGGUACCAGUGCCUGUGCUCGGAGCAUUUCGAGGAGAGCUCCUUCAAGGCAGAUCCUCUGAAGAUCAGCAAGAGACGGCGCCUGCUGAAGGAAGCUGUUCCCAACAAAUUCAUCCUGGGGCUGGAUGGGACCUGGCUCGUGGGGACCCCUCAGGGCUUGACAAGCAGCAAAACCCGGAAAAGGAUGAGGAAUUCCGAGCCCCCUAGGAUCCCUGGGAUGCUUCCUCAGUGGCCACGUCUGGAGGAUUGGCAGAAUGAAUUUUAUAAGCAAUUGCUGAAGGAGAAAUACGGAUCUUUCAUCUCAAUGGGAAAAGACUUGUUCCUUGUUCCCAAAACCCAUAUCCCAGUAGGACGGGCGGCGCAGGUCAAGAAUCCGCAGGACUCGGAGGGAAGGAAAAUUCCUGCCAACCUCAGCACAGGCCGUGGUGGUGCCAUGAUCCAGGUUGCAGGAGGCACACAAGUGCAUGGAUCAUCCUCAGGAGCAUCCCAAGCAUCCCACUGCCACUACUCGGACCAGGGGGAAACAUCGGGGAGCCACCAAAAUCCGGCAACAAAUUCGGCAACAAAUCCAGCACCAAAUCCAGUCAAUCCUGUGGGAAUCAGGAGCAGUGGCAGUGUCCUGGCAGGGCAGGAGGUGGAUCUGUUCAGGCAGUUCCUGCUGGACCACCAGGGCCAGCCCGAGGACGCGGCGGUGCCGUGGUUCAUCUGCACCGAGUGCGGGGAGAGCUUUGCCCGCCACGCGCACCUGCUGCGGCACCAGCGCAGCCACAACAGGCCUGUGCCCAGGGGAAAGGCACCCUCCAGAGCCUCCUCACAGCACAGCCCCUCCUUCCCAGCCUGCCUGGGCCAGACACGUGCAGCCACCAGUGUCAAAAACCCUGCUCUGCCCCGAGGUGGGGUUUGA